AUGAGUGGUGCAAGGAGCUCUAUAUUCAUUGCUUGCAUAAUUUAUUUUAUUUCGUUGGUUUCAGCAAAUGACGUUUGCGUUCUUAAGAAGGGGGCCAGUUGUUUGAGUGCUAAAUACUCAUUCAUUGAUGGUGGUAUGCAACCAGGUAAUGCUAUCCGUGUUUCUGUUGAUCUUUUACCAACAGCAUCGUUAGAAUUGACAAAUUCUGCAUUCCAGAAUAUUGCAACACUUAGAUUUGGUGUGAAUUCAUGUUCUAUUGAAAGCAGCCUAGCUUCAAUAAGAGCAUAUGCACUUUACAAGAAUGGUCAAUACAAUACAGGAUCCACAAUUUCAUUUGAUCUGGUUGCAUUAGAAAAUUCACUUGCCGUCUACAUGACUGGAAAUAAGAUUUUGGAAAUCCCAUUAUUGGUCACUGCUCCAUUUAUGCUGAUAUCUGACAGCAAUGGAAGCCCACCAACGUUGCAGUUCAUAGAAUAUUCAUCGACUGAAAGCGGUUUCUGUUCAAUUGCUUCAUCUGGUACGUGCAACAACUCUAGCUUAGUAGGUAUGUCCAGUGGUAUUACUAAGAAUUUGACUAUCAAGGCUGAAUUACCAUCAAGUAUUCCAGAUGAUUACUUCAGCUUUUUCAUUUCGACAUACGGUAAUAUUUACAAGCUUCCAGUUCUUGAGGUAGCAUUUACAAAGGAGGAAUGGCUCGCCACAGCAUCUGGAUCUUUCGUAGGGAGAGGUAAAAUUCCAUCAGGAAUUAGUUUGGGUAGUUCUAUUAACUUAAUUCUUGUGCCAAGUUCAGGUGGAUCAGUAGAACUAAAGGUAAAUCAAAGCUCUUUAGGUGUUCUAAAGGUUGAUCCAAGUUCAAUCAAGUUCAUCUAUCAAUCUGUUAACCAAGGAACUAUGAAUAUCUCCUAUUAA